AUGAGUCAGGCGACCGAUACUUACCAUGUACAACUGACCCAGACUCAUUUCCCUGCCGGAGACAACGUGCGGUCACGUAGCGGUCAAAGGGCGGCCGUCGGAGGCCUCCGAGGCUGCAACUGCAGCAGCAGCAGCAGCGCGGCGGCGGAGUUCGGCCCCAUGAAGGAGUGGGAGGUCAGGCCGGGCGGGUUGCUCGUUCAGAAGCGCGCCCCUGAGGCCGACCCCUCGGCCGCUCCGGUCCCCACCGUCUGCGUCAAGGUCAAGCACGGCGCCGGGAACCACGAGAUCCGCAUCAGCUCCCAGGCCACCUUCGGGGAGCUGAAGAAGGCGCUGUCGGCCAGAACGGGAUUGCACCCGUUGGACAUGAAGCUGGUGUAUAGAGACAAGGCGAGGGAGUCGAAUGAGUUCCUCGACACCGCCGGCGUGAAGGACAAGUCCAAGGUCGUGUUAGUGGAAGACCCCGUGGCGCAGGCCAAGCGCCUACUCGAGAUGCGCAAGUCCGACAUGAUGGAGAAGGCCGCCAGGUCCGUAUCCACCGUCACCCUCGAAGUCGAUCGGCUCGCCACCAAGGCGUCGGCGUUGGAGGCGAUCGUCAACAGAGGCGGGAGGGUGGUGGAGAAUGAUGUCACCGAUCUCAUCGACUCUUUAAUGAAUGAGCUGAUCAAGUUGGACGCCGUUGUCGCCGACGGGGACGCGAAGCUGCAGAGGAGAAUGCAGAUGAAGAGAGUGCAGAAGUACGUCGAAACAUUGGAUGCGAUCAAGAUCAAGAACUCGUCGCCGAGAGCAAACGGCCAAUCAAGCAAGCAGCAACAUCAUCGGAUUCAGCCUCAGCAUCAAGAACAAAUGCAUCAAAAGACGGACUUGCAGCAAACACAUCCGCGAUUCCAACAGCAGCCGGUGGUGGUGACAAAGAAUUGGGAAACAUUCGAAUCCCUUUUCGCGCAAUCCACCUCAGCCACCACCACAGCAGCCUCGUCCGCUCCUCAUGCAAGCUUCGACUGGGAGCUAUUCUGAGCAUCCGAUGCAUUGCCAUCGGCAAAAUCUUGCAUUCUGUUGUUCCCAAUUCUGGUCAGAUCCUCUCGAACAACACUUCCUUCUGCUCUACUACUAUUCAUCGUGUGCAUAUCUCCUGCUUAGAGGGGGAUCAAUUCAGAUUCACGUGGAAUAAAUGGACUCGCAAGGCCUAAAUGAGUCCAUUACCAGUGGCUCCGGCUGCUUAAGCGUUCUUGACUAA